AUGUGCCAUGUUGGGCAGGGCAAGAAGUGCCGGAAGCAUCUCAGCCCCUUCACUAAGCAAAUUCGGGUGGAGGACGAAGCUGAAGAAACGGAAGAGGAGGCAGAUCCUGAUCUGUCCUUUCACCAGGUCUUCCGGGCCGCCCGGAGGUUCGUCCUGGGUGACUUCGACGGGAGUGAGUUCUCUUUAGAGAAAACCCUGGAGAAAGCAGCGCAGAUGGAACGGCAACAACGACGGAGCGCUGGCUUCAAAUACAUCGUGAUUCCGGAGAAUCCAGAGUUCAAUGAAAGCUUUCAGCGGAGUGCGUGCAAGAGGCUUUCUUCUGAAGCAGUGCUCUUCAAGAAGCGACCACAAGCGAGUGAUGUGGCGCAAGGUGGAGAAGCACACAACUGUGGCUUUAUGGCUGCGCUGGCAGCGAUUGCAGACCACCAAGACGGGUAUUUGGUCCGCCUUCUGUUGGAGGAAGAGGAUGACUUGAAGCUCGUCAGGAAUUUGAACCAAUGUGGUUGCUAUCGGGUGUCUUUGUUCUUGAAUACAAGCAGCAGAAAUCUGCAGAAGUAUCGGCAAGCUCAUCCCAGCUUGAUUGCCUCAGAGAAGGAAGUCUUCUUUUCAAACACCAGGAACUCGAUCAAGGCGGAGGCCAGAGGUUCCUGGCGUACAAUCGUCGUGGAUGACAUUGUCCCAGACUCUGAUGGGCCACGGGCAUGCCGACCGAAGGGUGCUGUUGACCUUACCGACGCACUGGUGAUUUUGACGGGUCAGAGCACCUUCCGUAUUGAACUGGCCCGUCUCAAUUCUGCUGCCCGCAAAAAGCUUUUCAAGGACCUUUGUGAGUACAAACAACGCGGACUUUUGGUCACAGCAGGCAUCCUGCAGAAUGAGGCACAGGUCCUACCAAAUGGCUUGGUGACCAGACAUGCUUACACGUUGCUGGAUUUCAUCCCGCUCUUGGACCACACAAAGAGGCACAGAUGA